UCAGAUAGCAAAAUGCCUCGCACCAAGAUAUCAGCACGUCGGCAGGCACAGCGUCAGAAGGCUGAUCGUGAGGAAAAAGUGCGCCUGGCCCAAAUUAGGAUGGAUUGCGCUCUGGAGCAGAUCGAUGAGAUAGGCAAGCGCUACAAGCAAGAGGUGGACAACCAAAUUAAGCUGAUCCGCGGAGGGACUGACAAACAGCUGCUACAGAUGAAAUUGUCGGAUUUCGCAGCUCUAAAGAUUAAAACUUUUGCUGAACAUCAGUGGGCAGUUCCCAAGCCGCCCACAAUGCGCAGCCUUUCCAUCAGUCACCAUCGCAGUCGAACUCGCACCCCACAGAACUCCCAGUUGCCGCGGCCCCAGGCACAAUCUGCGGACAGAGCGCUUUGUGCGGAUACCAUGAGCUUUGUGCGAUAUCCCCGGAUCGGGGAGCAGGUACUCUCCAAGGCGGGAAGUCCCUUGGCCGUUCAGGUGCAGCCGGAUCGCUGUGCCGACGUGCACAUUCCCACCAAAAAGGGCGUGAUCACCGUAAAGCCGCACAAGAUCAAUACCGUGAAGCGGGAAGUCCUAAUGCAGCUGGAUGAGAAUACCCUCAACCAGGUGAAGGCGCUGAAUGCCAAUCUCGGAUUGAUCGUGGAUAUGGCCACAAAGAUGGCAAACCCAAAACCCUAAACACUUGCCAUGGAAUAUUACUCUUAUUUCGUUAAUAUUUUAUUUAGUCUUUUUCAUUUUCUCAUUUUCAAUGUUUUUGUUCAGUUGUUAAACAUUAAGUGAACGUGUCUGUUGUUCUUGUUGCUGUUUGCUGCAGUUUGCUUGCUUCUUGUUGUAUAAUUAAUUAAUAAAUUUAAUUACCUUUAUGUA